GUUGUAGCUCUUCCUACCACUUCAAUACUAUCGCCAGUGAUAGACUGUGAUACAAACCAGGGAUAUCACGCAUUGGAUGGUGUCUGAUUCAAUCAGCGAGACACUAAUCGACAUCGAAACCGAGAGGGUGCGAAGGGUGAUCAACAGUUGGGAUGGGCGGCGGGCGACGGGCGAAAAUGUGCCAAAUCAGCGAAUCAUCAGCUUCAGCAGCAACUUCAGACUUUAAUCCGGCUACAAAUUCAAGACUCGCCCAACGUGAACCACGCCAGAAGAAGCCGAAGCAUCCUGCAUCCAAGACUCGAGUCUCUCUUCUCAGUCUGGGGUUAGCCCAAGAUAUGGCCGCAUCUGACCAGGCCAAUGACAAUGGUCACGGUCGGCCUCAGGCAGGGCUGCGACAGCCACCAACCACCAAGUCGAACGGACGACAUGAUGUCGCAGACCCGGAGCCAGCCUCGUCGUCGACCAAACCCCCCAUUCACAGAAUCAGUGCUCCCGGGAGCGUGCAAGCGGUAGCAGUUGACGACGACGUUCUCUUCGCCGGCGUCCAGGGAGGCAGUAUCGUGGCAUGGUCUCUCGACACCUACGAACCCCUUGCGACAGUGCCCGCGCACAAGGAGAGCGUAUUGGGCCUUGCUCUAUCCGAAGAUCGAUCGCUCCUCUUCUCGACCGGAGCCGAUUCCAUUGUCAAUGUCUGGUCGACCCAAACCUUGCAGCGACUGUACUCGCUACACUCUUAUUUUGAGAUUGGCGAUGUCUUUUGCGUCGUCCACUCGCCGAAGGAACAGACUCUAUUUUGGGGAGCUCAAAACUCCAGCAUUCAAUGGUGCAAGCUCAGCACCGACGAUGCUGCUGAUCUCCCGUCACCCACGUUGUCUUCCUCCCCGGGAGAUCGGAAGCAUCGCUUUUUCGACUCAUUGGGACCCGGCGGGAUUGCCAAUGUCAUUUCAGAUGAAGAUGGCACCGGCAUGACGCUCAAUAGCCUCGGCGGGAAACUCGUGACAAUCCCCGUGCAGAACUAUCAUCAGUAUGCCCAUAAAAGCUACAUCUACAGCAUGAUCCUGGUCAAAGGACUCUUCAACCACAACAAAGACGAAGAGGUUCUCGUCACAGGUGGAGGCGAUGGCACAAUCAAGCUGUGGUCUAUCGAGUCGCUUGCAACAAUUGGCAUCCGCCAAAUAGCAAAGUACAAGAAUCCUGGCACCAACGUCUUGAGUCUCGCGUACAAAGCAUCAUUUUUGUAUGCUGGUCUAUCGGAUGGCACGGCCAAUGUCUACAAUUUGGCCUCGGGACAACUGGUCCAAAGACUCAACGUCGGCCACGGCCAUGUCAGUCAGAUUGUCGUCAGCGCAGACAGUAUUCUGUGCGGGACGACUCAAGGCUGGGUUAAGCGAUUCAACGACCAUUUCACAGAAACCGAAUGCUGGCAAGCGGCAAAAGGCAAGAUUCUGGCCAUGAGCCUUACCACAACCCCCGACCACGACAUGCUUGUUGUCGGCGGAAACGACAAUUUCAUCUCCUUGUGGGAUGCCGAACAAGCAGGGCCUCAUACCUCAAUAGCAGCUACUGCUCAGAGCAAUGAUGACCUACUCAAUGCCCUCCGAGAAUUCGUAUCCUACCGCACCGUGGCCGUCAACCCAACCUGCGUCCGCGACUGCCACGACGCAGUAACCUUUCUACGCAAGCAAUGCACGGCCUUUGGCGCCACCACCAACCUCUUCUCACCCCAGGAGGGCGUGAACCCCGUGAUCCUAGCGAAAUUUCCAGCCUCCCACAAUUCUCCAUCCACCAAAUCCGUAUUAUUCUACGGCCACUACGACGUCGUGGACGCCGAAUACGAUCCCUCUUUGCCCCACGCCCAAACAUGGUCCGCCGACCCAUUCACUCUGCAACCAUUAAACGGCUAUCUCUACGGCCGCGGAGUAACAGACGACAAAGGACCCAUUCUCGCAGCAAUCUACGCCGUCGCAGAACUCGUACAACAAGGCAAACUAUCAUGCAACGUGACAUUCCUACUCGAAGGCGACGAAGAAGCCGGAUCACGCGGGUUCCGCAAGACAGUGCAAUCAAUGCACUCUGCAAUCGGUCGGGUCGACUACAUUUUGUUGAGUAACAGCUACUGGCUCGACGACCAUAUCCCAUGUCUCACAUUCGGGAUGCGCGGCGUCGUCCACGCGAGCGUGACGGUAUCAUCCAACAAACCGGACCAACACUCCGGAAUGGACGGCAAAGCGAUCCAGCACGAACCACUCAAAGACUUGACAGUUUUGCUAUCCACACUGAUCGGACCUACGGGAACCAAAGUCACCAUCCCGGGGUUCUACGACACGGUAGACGAGCUAUCAGAUUCGGAAAUGAAAGCCUACGCCGCCAUCACAUCAGCGUUGAUUCCAGGGCAUCCCGAGAUCCGGAACGAAAAGAAUUUCUCCUUGUCCCUCAUGCAGCGCUGGCGAUACCCCAACUUGACUGUCCAUCGCAUCGAGGUUCCAGAGGCAAAGACAGCAGUGACAAUCAGUGGUUCGGCGAAAGCCACGUUAUCGAUUCGUAUUGUCCCCUCCCAAACGGCCGAGCAGAUCGCAACCAGUCUGACGGAGUACUUGCAUGAACAAUUUGGGAAAUUGAAUAGCAGUAACAGUUUGACUGUGGACAUUACGUCAAAAGCAGAUCCCUGGCUGGGCAAUGUCAAAAGCGAGAUUUAUACCGCGCUCAAAGAGGCGAUUAGUGAAGUCUGGAAUCCGGAGUUGCAGAGUUCGGCGCAGAGGUCGUUUCAGCCAACGCAUACUGAUCCUACUACUGCGGCCGGUGGAGGAGGAGGAGGCGGCGGCGGUGGUGGUGGUUCUGGUGCUCUCUCAACAUCAGCCAUUUCCUCUUCUUCCGUCUCGACAUCUUCAACCUCCCCGACAACAACUCGCCAACAGCAGCAUCACUACUCCCACCACCGACGCGCAUCAUCACUCGCAUCCACAGGAACAUUCACACCCUCAAACUUACCCCGUGAACCGCUCUUCAUCCGAGAAGGCGGAUCGAUCCCGGCCCUGAGUUUCUUGGAACAUGAAUUCCAUGCUCCUGCGGCAAUGUUCCCUAUGGGCCAGGCGAGCGAUAAUGCGCAUCUGGACAAUGAGAGGAUGAGGGUGGAGAAUCUGUGGAAGGGGAGGGAGGUGUUGAAGCGGGUUUUUGCGACGUUGUAACAACAUUAGGUACCUAGGUACCACUACCACGGAAAACAAAAAUACCAAACUGAAGAUCCCCUGCCAGAACAAAGAAAAGGGAUUUCGUCGAGCGACGACAACGACCCAUCCUAUUGUCGAGAAAAGUGGGAGGAGAUAUGGAAAGGAAGCCUUUCUGUGUUGGUUCGCUUUGUUCUCUUUCCAUUGAGAUGGAUAGAUCAGAUAUUCUUGUACAAAUAUGUACUGUAACUGUGACUGAGCUGAGCUGAGGUAAGGGAGACCGCGGUGACAGCCAUAGCGGGGGCAAAGAACAAAAAGGGGAGAAAUAGCAAGAAAAAUAAGAGAGGAAGAGGAAAUGUAGAAAAAUAAAAAGAAUGUAUCAACAGGAAACCCUGCA